AUGCAGGACAGCCACAAGUCGUUCCUUAUAAAGGACCUCCUGGGCGAUGUUUUGAGACCAGGUGUAGGAAGAAUACUAGGUAGCUCUCGUACGGCUCAUGAGGUGGAAGAAUCAGUGAACAGAUGCGACUCCGCUGCCACUCACAACCCUGACGACUCCGACGCUGAUGACGACAUAUCGGUGGGAGACAACCGCUCCGAAGCUUCUACGCCGAGGAAGUUACAGAGCUCCUAUGAAAACGACCCUGAUACCUUGAAAGCGGACCAGAAGCUGGCCGACUCCGAGAUCGACCGAACCUCCCCCACGGAGUUUUCCAACAGAAUAUCAAAUUCAGAAUACUCUUCACCUUUCAAAGAAGAUGACCACGAGUUCGAAAGACCGGGAGAACCAAUGAAGUUAUACGAGGGCUCACUUUUCCAACUCUACAGGCCUCAUACCGAUAGAGAAAGUCAUAAAGAAGAAGAAAGUGAGAGAAGUGCUUUCGAGCUAGCGGGAUCUCUCUCUGACAGCAUAUAUGGAAGGUCGAUGGAUUUGACGAAGGGAUCGUUUCAGUCGCAACUGCUGGCUGGAUUCGCGUCGGUCAUGGCGGGAGGGUCACAGAGGGAUUCGCAAGAUCCAAACGAUCGGCAAUCUUCAAACCGCAAUGGGGGCACGCCAACCUCUGGGCGGAAGCCUCGUCGUCGUCGAACAGCCUUCACGCACGCGCAGCUGGCGUACUUGGAGCGCAAGUUCAGGUGCCAGAAGUACCUGAGCGUGGCUGAUAGAGGAGAUGUCGCCGAUGCGCUUAAUCUGAGCGAAACACAGGUCAAGACUUGGUAUCAAAAUAGGAGAACAAAAUGGAAGCGUCAGAACCAGCUCCGUUUAGAACAACUACGUGCGCAGGCGGCGAGUGGCGAGCGUGAACUGUCCGCUCACGCGCUGCCACUAGCCUGCGCGCUACUCCCACCCUACCCCGCUUACAUGCACUGCCAUCUAUGAACAGGAUGAAGAAACUAGUCUUGCAAAGAAAGAAAAGAACGCCGAGAAGUAUGCAGCAUACGAGAUUUUACAGGCGGAUUUUCCAUUAGUUUCAUAAACCGUAUGCGGGAUUCCCCGCA